AUGGAAGGACACGACGACGACGACAUGAACGGCACCGGCUACAACGGCGACCAUGGCAUCGACGGCGCCGGCCACGGCAACGACGCGCGCACCAGGGAUUUCCUGGCGCCCUAUAAUCCCUGGGGCCAUGCCGGCGGUAGCGGCCUCUUCCCCGACGCGGCGCAAACCUUCUUAGGUUCAAGCAGAUUCAACCAGUCCCGGUUGGGGUUGGAGUCGCUGGAUCUCAACGGCGGCGAGGACUGGCCGCAGAUGCAGGCCUACGCGGGCUACAUUCGGGGGGACAACGAGGUCCCCCCCAUGGCUCCCACCCCCAUCCGCGUGACUUCCCGCAACAUUGCCAUCGCCGGCGGAGGAACAUCCGUUGGAGGCGGCAUGGGUGGAACAUCCGUUGGAGGCGGCUUCGUCCCUCCUCUGUCUCCUCCAUGGGGAGGCCGUAGCGACGAUGGAAUUGUUGAGGCCACUGAUGCAUGGUGGAAAGCAAAUACCAACGGGCAGUCUGAUUUGAUGAAGUUCAGGAAAGGUUUGCCUGAGUACUUAGAUCAAAUGGACAAAAUGUUUACUGGAAACACAGUAGAUGGCUCCACAUCUUUUGUUGCUGGUGAAAGUGGUACUAUUGAUUUGGACGGUGGAAGCUCCGAUGAAGAGGCAGCAGAUGAAAUGGAAGACCAGCUGACCCCACUGAGCAUUGGCAACAAGAGGGCCAGCAACACGAGCACCACUGCAUCCAGCCCACGCAAGAGAUCCAAGAGCCUAGCACUGAGGGCAAUGGACAACAACAUGAGGACACACAAUGAAAUUGCCAACCGUAGGCUCUGCCUGAUGGAGAGCAUGUUUGAGCACAGGAAGCAAGAGGAACCACAAUUCACGGUUGAUGUUGUAUCAGGAGCAGCAACCCAUUGUGUAGACCCUUGGGAUGUUUUCCAAGAGAUGAUGGCUGAGUUAGAGGAUGCUGAAGAUGAUGAUGCUUUUAUCUAUGGUAUGUACCAGUAUGCCCUACACAUUGACAAGCAUUUGAAUAGGGCUGAGUAUAGGCAACCUGCCAUGACUGGUUUGAAAUGGGUACAGAGGAGGCUUGGGGAUAGCAAGGCCUGUUUUAGCAUGUUUAGAAUGAGCCCACCUAUGUUCCAUACACUGCAUGAUCUUUUAGUACACUCAUAUGGCCUGAAAUCUAGUGCUAAGUCCACCUCGGUUGAGGCUCUAGGGAUGUUUCUUUGGAUGCUUGGGGCACCACAAUCUUUUAGGCAAGCUGAGGAUAGAUUUGAGAGGUCACUAGGGACUGUCUCCAACAUGUUAAACAAAGUUUUGAAGUGUAUGCUGCCAGGUUUUGGGAAUGGCAGCCAAAAUUUUUUGGCAACUAAACAGCAAACCCAAAAAAUUUUGGAUCUCAGGUUUUUGGCCAAAACCUGCUACUGUCAGGUUUUUGGCUGA